ACAUUUUUUAGUUUAUAUAUUCCAUUAAUGUAAUCAUUUGUGUUUUCAAACUACUAUGGACAAGCUAUUAUAAGCUUUGAUUUGAUAUUAAAAUUGCACUGUUAACCAAAUUUAACAUUCUUUUAAGAACAGUCCACUAUGGAGCAAGCAGAAAAUGCAAGAUUGGAGAACAGAAAAAUUCUUGGCAAAAUAUGGAGUACGAUCUGUAAGAUUCGAGAAGUUUUCAAUCGGUACAGUCGGUCUCUAAGUCUAGCUCCUUACUUUGAAUUCUUCGACGUGAGAAAAGAAGGUGUAAUUACAUACCGUGAAUUUUUAAAUGUUCUCCUGAUACAUUUAAAAGAUGUAAUAGGCUUAUCAAAGGAUCAAGCAACAGAAUUGGCUGACUUCUAUAAAGGACGAGAUGGAAGAGUUUUGUACAAACAAUUUGUUGAUUGCAUUGAUUUAGAUUGCGAAACCGUAAUACACCCAAGAUACUGUUAUGGAAAUGAACAGACUUACCUGGGAAGUCCAAACCCUAUGGAUGGGUAUGAUAAAAAACAACUUGACGCUGUUUUAAAUGCAAUCGCAGCUAGGGUUUAUGCAAUGGACAUUUCCCUCAUACCAGUGUUCAGGCAAUAUGAAGUGGUGGUUCGCAGUGGAGGAGUGAUGCCGAUCAGCCAGUUCACAUCAGCGCUUGAAUUUCUUCAAAUCAAACUAAACAAAUCAGAUUUUUAUCUUGUACUUAAAAGAUAUCUUCAUAACAACUUUGCCGUUAACUAUGUUUUGUUCACUAGCGAUAUAGAAGAUAGAAUUUCUCAACUCAUCUCUUGUGGGUUAAUGAAUCAGUACGGAGUUAUCGACGAAAGAAAACUGAUUCAAGCCAAACCUUGCGAUCCACCUAUUCAUAUAAAUCCUCUAAGUGAUAUCUUUUACACUGAACCAGAACCACAUCCAGCCAUAAGACAAAUUCCUUUCAAUGAAAAGGCGUAUGAUGUUUUCCGACAAGUUCAGUUUCAAAUAAAUGUGGACCGAGUUAAUAUUGAACCAUUUUUCACACCAUUGGAUCCUCUUCGUAGUGGAACAGUCCUGGACUUCCAGUUUAUAAAAGUUCUUAAUAACUGUGGGGUUCAGAAAAGCUGUAUGUUCACCGAGACAGAAUUGAAAAGCCUUUGUGAUUUGUAUCGAGUAUUCUCUGAUCCGAGAUCAGUGAAUUACAGGCUGUUUCUUUCUGAUAUUCAAAAUGCAAGGAAUCCUAUUAUGUGUUCAGUAACUUGCGAAUAUCCUGCUAUCAGAGAUAUGAGAAAGCGAACGCACAUAAGAGGAAAUUAUUUCCCACACACAACUAAAGUCAGAAAAGAAGCAUGUGAAUUGGCGUUAAGAAAGCUUCAAAAGUUUUUGAAAGAAAGGCAUCUGACAUUGAUCACUGACUUUCAAAGAGAAGACCUUGGCAAUUUUGGUCAUGUGUCGCCUGGAACUUUCCGCAAGGUAAUUGGAGAAGUCAAAGCGAACCUAAUUCUCAGUGCGACUGAAAUGAAGAGUUUAGACGAUCGUUACAUUGACUUGAAAGGUUUCGACUAUCGCAGAUUCUUGGACGAAAUUCAUGAAGGUGUUGAGCAUGUUGUUCCAACUGAGAAAGAUGUUACAGCUGAGCUGUUCGAUGACAAUCCUUCAAUAAAAAUAGAAAACCCUCCUCCUCUGAAAAAGGGCAUCAGCUUGUGCUCACCAGAAGAAGUCAUAAACAAAUUGAAACUUCAGGUUAAACAACUUCGUGUAGCUCUUGAUGAUUAUAUUGCUCAAUAUAAUCCACUCAGAGAAAGUUUUGUCCCUAUGAAUCUGAUAUGGAGAGCACUUUCAUCUGCCGGAUUUAGAUUAAAUCAACAAGAUAUGGAUAUGGUUGUAAAACUAUUUGGAACGCCAUUGCGCAAUAAUGUCAUCGAUGUCAAACAAUUUUUAGAGACGAUUUACAGCGAUGAAUAUCAGCUCGGUCUUGAAAAGACACCACUUAUUAUUCCACUGGCUGGUAUACCGAUCCUGGACAAACGAGCUCAUUCCAUGAGCCGAAUUGAAAGGGAAGAACUGGAAGAAGCCAUGCACAAACUUGGAAACAAGGCGGAAUUUUUCGUUCAAGAUCUUUUCAGGGAAUUCGACAAAGUUGGUACUGGUAUCAUUGAGAAAAAAGAUUUUCCAAGAGCGUUGUCAUACCUUGGCAGAGGUAAUGAAUACCUACUCACCAAUAGAGAAUUGGAUCUUGUUUACAAAGGAUUUUGCCGUUCACACGGUAUUAUUACCGGACUGGACUAUGCAGCAUUAUGCAAAGCCGUUAAAGCCGUUAGAGAACUAAAUCCCAUUUAAAAACACAAAAAAAACUAUUAAUAAAAUUUAUACUUUCAAAAUUAAAUGUUCAACACUGUAAUAUGUAAUAAAUAAUAU